AUGGACGAGGACCGGAGCGCCGAUCCCGCGCGCCGCGCCCGCCUCCGCUCGCCGCCGGGCGGGCAGCAGCCCCAGGCCCCGCGCGCCCCCGCGCUCCCCAUGGAUCUCUCCUCCCAGUACCAGCGCCGCUUCGCGCCGCCGCUCUUCCUCCCGCCGAUGGCGCCCCGCCUGGUGCCCGGCUCCGGCUUCUCGGCCUUCAGCAACUACCAGGGCCCGCCGGCGCUCGCUCCCCCGCCGGCAGGAGGAUCGCAUCUCGCCCGGUCGCUCCCAAAGGCGCCGUUUUUCUCAACGGAAUCACUGGCUCCGCUCCCGUACUCCGCCGAUCCGGCCGCGGGUGUGAGUGCGGAGGCGGGCGCGGCGGUCCCGCGUUCCGCGCCGUCGCUGGGCUCCGAGCAGCAGGGGCCGUCGGCGUCCGGCCUGCCGCCGCGUGGGGCGGGGCACCGGCGGUCCCGUAGCGAUUUCAUCAUCGGGUUCUCGCUCCAGAACCAGCUACCCCUGCCGGUGCUGCCUGCGGCCGAGGGGUUCAGCAAGUCGGCGGACGCCGCCGCCCUCCAGGAGCUCUUCCGCUCGUACAGGGAUCCGAAGAGCUUGAGUGGGCUCGGCUCCUCCGGGGAUGGCCCCGGUGAGGGGAACAGCCACCUGGGCAACCAAAUGAGCAGCCAGCGCGCGUGGAGCCCUGCUGACAGCAGCGACAACGAGGCCGAGAGCUGGGCUACCGGUGGUGGCGGAGGCCCCAGCAUUAGCCAUCCUCGGCAUUGCCGCAGCUUGUCGGUGGACAGCAUCAUGGGGAACCUCAACUUUGGAGCCCUGGGACAGGUGUCGCCGACACUGCUGCCGCCGUCUACGGCGUCAGGCGCCGGCGCCGGCGUCCCGCGCACUGGAAGUGGCCCCUCUGGGAGUGCCGCUGCAGUCGCUACUUCUGAGCUUGCAAAUGGGGAAUUCACCGAGUCUGAGAUGAGAAAGAUCAUGGCCAACGAACGCCUCGCUGAGCUCGCGCUGGCUGAUCCUAAGAGGGUCAAGAGGAUUUUAGCUAAUCGGAUCUCUGCUGCAAAGUCGAAGGAGCGCAAGGUGAAGUACAUGGGUGAGCUUGAGCGUAGAGUUCAUGUGCUGCAGAUGGAGACCAGUACAUUAUCUUCAAAAGCAGCGUUGUCGCAGAGGGAAUGUGAAGCACUUAAAGUUCAGAACAAUGAGAUGAGGAUCAUGUUGCAAGCGCUGGAGCAGCAAGCACAGCUGAAAGAUGCUCUGAAUCAAGCACUGAGUGCUGAAGUGCAGCGCCUGAAACAAGCUGCUGGCGAGGCGACUGAUGCUCAUGCGCCGAACGGGUCAUACCAUCAUAUGCACCGCCAGAUUCUUGAACAGAAGCUGCUGCAACUACAGAAGCAGCCAUCGGAGGCCCAGAAGGCUCAGCAGCAGCAGCAGCCACAGGAAUCAGAGCAGUUCAAGGCUCAGCAGAAGCAGUGGAACCAUUAGGACGAUUUCACAGAAGACAUUCUUGAAUGUCAAAUUCAGACUGCAGAUUCAUGAUGGGGUACCAUAUGUUCCCUGAUAUUUAUUUUCUUAGGUUCUAGGACAACAGUGGCUGGAUAUUCCGUCUUUUGUGGUUUCUUGCGAAGUUAUUUGGUUGGAUGUUGGUCUGGGUCUGGUUGUAAUGCCUGGGUUUGGGAGGAUUGUGUUGUACAAAAUGUCAGUCUCUGUAACUUUGUGCUAGAACUUUAAGAUUCUUUUUAGGUACAUUUGUCCUGCGCGUUAAAUGGGUUAAUUUGGGAGCAAUACUUAGGGCGAUAUACUAUGUAGUCGUGUUAAUUUCUGUAGCUUAUAUCCUUAUUCAUUCUAUUAGCAGGAUACGGAUU